AUGGCGCCCUCUGGAAAUCGAAAAGAUUCUGCUCCCUCCGGUCCACGCGGCAACCGAAGUUCGACAACCCGAGGUGGCAUUUCCAAGCGUCGUGGCAACCAUGGUGGACGAGUCGACCGAGAUGGUGAUCUUGAUAUGGACGCAUCUAUUGCGGCAAAUCGAUCUUCUCGCAAAGGAAAGCGCCCGAGCAACGGCAACUCGGACAGCAUUCCCUCAGCACCCCGAUCUAGCCGACCGACAAGGGCAACAGCGAGGACGCAACAACUUCUACAGCGAGUCAUCACUGAAAGCGGCGGUAACCUCUCAUCUCGCACCACAAACGGCGUGUCCGGCGGAUCUAAAUCGUUAGGGUUCAAAGGAACUCGCUCGGCUAAUGCGCCAUACACGACACUCCAGAUUGAGGGUUUCGAAGCAAGUAGGGCUACAAAGAACGAAGGAGGUGGACUCAGGGAGCUUAUCAUCUUCCUGGAACGAAAAGCCCAGCACAUUGCUAAAACUACACGACCCAUCCGAAUAAUGAAGCCGCAGAAAGAGGGUGACUUCGUUUAUAUUACAACGAACAAGGAGGAUGGUGAAGAGAUAUUAAAACUGAACGGUUUCUUGUUUGCUGGCGCAAACCUUACUAUCACGGACAUAUCAGACAAAAAGCCGCCUGUCGCCCAAACCGCCAUGUCCUCAACUGCGCUCGAAAUCAAGGAGCAACUCCGCACUGUCCUCAGCCAACGAUACGACAUAAAUGCGAAGCUGCUAAGUCUGUCUGCCCUUGGUGAGGAUCCCAUACUCAACCAAAUGGGCUUUUUCAGUGGCGAGAGCAAACCAGAAAAGCUGUUUCGUGCAUUAAUGGCUGUCUGUGACGGCCUAUUCAAGACGGAAGAGGAGAAACGCAACGCCGUGUCCAGUAUCAGUCUUGCGGGCAACAACAUCGACGAUGUCUUACAAAUAAUGUCCUUGACCGACACCUUUCCAGAUCUAGCCAACUUAGAUCUGAGUCGAAAUCAGUUCAAGAAUACCAAAGGCCUUCAGAAGUGGCGAUAUCGUCUAAGGAAGCUUGAAACUCUCCUACUAAACGACAACCCAAUCGAAACGAUGGACCCCAGCUAUCAAGCAGACCUCAUAGCUUGGUUUCCGAAGCUACAGAACCUCAGUGGCAUCCAGGUUCGCACGCCGGAGCAGAUUGCGGCAGAGGAGGCUGCUUUAAGACCAAACCCCAUUCCACAACAUGGGAUUGACUUUCGAGAUAUUGGUGGCAUUGGUGAAGGGUUCCUCAGAGAGUUCGUGCCAAUGUAUGAUGCGGAUCGACCUAACUUGGCCGCCAAGUAUUAUGACAAUGAAAGCACGUUUUCCGUCGCUAUUAACAACGCCAACACAUCGCGUAACUCUGUUGGCCAAUCCUGGGCUCCCUACCUUAAAUUCUCGCGGAACCAUGUCAAGAUCACGACUACCCAUGCCCGAGUCCAGCGACUGUUCACCGGGCUACAUCACAUUCAGAGUAUGUGGCAACAACUACCCCCUACGCGACAUCCAGAUCUAGCGACAGAAUUCCACAAAUACAUCAUCGAUUGUCAUCCUGUCCAUGGUUUGGCAGACCCAACAGGCCAAUCUCCAGUGGGUGUAGAUGGAAUGGUGAUCACAAUGCAUGGGCAAUUCGAGGACCAAGAUCCCGGUACGAUGAAGACGGCCACUCGAAGUUUUACUCGAACCUUUAUCCUAGGCCCCGCUGCCCCAGGUGGAAAUGUUAUUCGAGUCAUCAGCGACGUGCUCGCUCUCAGGGCACACGAUCCCUUGCCUGCUUUGCCUGGCUUGUCCGCUCCGCCUGUACCACCACCAAAUGAAGACAUGCAGAAGCAACAAAUGGUUAUAGAGCUCUGUAACCGAACGGGCAUGACUCCAGAAUAUUCGCACCUUUGCCUGGAUGGAGUUGGAUGGAACUUUGAUCAGGCCCUAAUUACGUUCAACGAAAAAAGAGGACAACUACCAGCUGAAGCGUUUGCCAUGAUACCGCAACAAAACUGCUGA